AUCGAUUGCAUCAGGUCCCGACACCCUCAAACUCGCUAUUCGCAGCUACUCAAGUAACCAACCCGUACGCCGACAACUAUCAACCCUCUCUAUCAGGACCCUAUCCCCUUAUCCCGUUAAUAAUCGUCUCGCCCGGCAUGCUUGUUCGCUCCUCCAUCCGUUCAUCCGUUUCGCUCGUUCUUUUGCCCGUUCGGUCGCUCAUUACACGCCUCGGGGUGCCGUCUAUCACCAUCCGCGCGCGCCGUCACUCGUCAAGGCCCCUCCACAUGCAGAAUCACACGUCCAAAUCAUCCGAGUACAACUGUAAUGUACAGCACAAGCCCAUCUCUACCCGCGGCCUUCCACCAACCAGUCCUUACACGUAUCGAAGCAUGAAUCAUCGUCUCCCCAGAUUUUGCCGUCGGUCCUUGACUGGUAGUCCAAGGGACCCGACCCUCUUAUCCAGCCUGCUUCUCGCUUCCCCGUACGAGACGGAAACAGCAGAGGAGAUAGGAUAACGGCCACAAUGAUCCGUGAAGAUCAUCACAUUUUGUGUGUUGCUAUCUGGUGGGGCCUGGAUGCUAGUUCAGAAGUCGCACGCAGGAUGUAUGGGCACAGGCCUGGUGGCCUGGCGGCCUGGCGGCCUGCCCGAACCUCCGGUAUCGCCAUCCCCCGUUAUGCCCGGCUAGUUGUGCAAACCGGCAUAAUUCCGCCAACC